AUGAAGCAAGAAACCUUCAGUGUACUGCUCCCGCAUUGCGGCCCGCCUACGCACGCUAGCAUCACUCAUUUCCUGUCGACUCUCCUCCCGCCAUGCACAAACGACGUCAACUUUCUUUAUCACACCCCUCGUCACCCUGCCUAUAAUCCAUCUCGCGCAAUCGCCUCCCACGUCGUCCUGAGCGUGGCACCUACGCCGGGCGUGUACGCCGCUCUCAACUCUCCGGAACCCGCCAGCCCGCCUCUCUGCUUCCUCCACCGGCCAUGGCAACUCAACAGGCGCGCCGUCCCCAGGGGCUCGCUCGUCAUUGCCAGCCACACCUCUCUCGACAUGCACCUGACUGUCGGAUGGAACCUCACCCUGGCAGGCCGCCUCGGCCUCCAGACCGAGAGCGCCCUGUGCAUCCAAGGGUACAAAGGAGACCCCCGGCGCAAAAUCGGCCUCGUCGCAAGGGUUCGUCCGGGCGUCGAUCCUUCCCUGGCCAGCCUCACCGACACCGUGAAGCGCGAGUUUGCCGGUGCGGGCGACCUGCAUCUUCCUGCUGGAGCAUCGCUUGGCCCUGGCUCUCGAGUUACAGCCGUCGCCAUCAUGAAUGCCUUCCACCCAGAGGAGAUUGAUCGCGUGAUCUGUGCUGCUAGAGAGGCAAAAUGGAUUGGCGACCACGAGGAUGCUUCGAAUGUGCUCUAUCUGACGGGUGCCGCGCGGGACUAUGGCCUAAAAGCUGCAGCAAUGGCUGGCAUGCCGGCUAUAUGUGUGGGGCACCGUCCUUGCGAAGACUGGGGCGUCAGGUACCUGGCUGAGAUGCUUAAAGAACAGUGGCCUGAACUCACUGUCGAGGAAGUGCUGGAAGAAGAGGAGCAGCGUGCAGCACCCAAGAAAGCGGAACGAGACAUCGAAAGCGUGAACUUGCGUGUCGACUCUUCUACGGGACAGGCUUGA